AUGUUAGAUGAAAUUCAUAGACAAGAACGUGAAGAGAUGGAAAAGAAACUUCAAGCAAAAGAUGAAGUCAUUGAAGCAAAAGACAAAAACAUACAGAAAAGAAUACCACGUUCGGUACCAAAAGGAAAGGAAAAGAACUAUAAGUAUAUGAUUUAUACUGAAGAGAUGGAAAAUGAAGAAGAUAAAGAUAUGGUUAUGUUGCAUUUAGUCAGAAGAAACAACAAAAGCUUUUACGACCUUGCUAAGAUUUACAAAUCUGACAGAAAUUGGUUCUAUCGCGAAAACUUACCGAUUUCAAUGACUCCAAAUGAAGAUGUGAAACAAAUAGUUCAAGAUACGUUACCUCAAACACACUAUGAUAUUAAAGGUUGUACAAUACUUACCUUCAAAGAAGAUUUGCCAUUGUUAAAGGAAAAAAUAACAGAGUAUUUUGACAACUUCAAACAAGCAGAGUAA